CCCAAAAAUAAACAAAAUUGUGUUUUACGAGCUGACCUCAAACAAUUGUUUUUUUCUUCUCUCUUUUACGGUAGGGUGGAAUCGAAUAAGCGAGAGUAGAAGGUGAACCCUGUUACUGGAAAAGCCCUAUAUUGCGAUCAAGAUUCUCUUCUCUGAAUUUCAUCGAUUCUGAAACGAUGCUUGGUGGAUUAUAUGGAGACUUACCUCCUCCAUCAUCUACAGAUGAAGAUUCUCAUAAUCGAAUCACCACUCCCUCCUCCAAUGUAUGGUCCAGCAGUGUCAAGAUGGCACCGCCAACUCUCCGCAAGCCCUCUUCCUCUUCACUCAUCCCGCCCCCAAAAACCCUUUUGAAACCCCAGCAAACCAAACCUAGGAUAGUUAAUUCCACGGCAGUUACCCCCCCGGUGCCGGAUAGAAGCUCCUCUUUCCAACCGGCACUUGUUGGUGUUACGUCGUCGGUGGUUGAGGAAUACGACCCUGCGAGGCCCAAUGAUUACGAGGAGUACAAGAGGGAAAGGAAAAGGAAGGCUGCUGAGGCUGAGAUGAAGAGGGAACUCGACAGAAGGAGGCAAGAAGAGGAGGACAGGGAAAGGAGGGAUAGGGAAAUUAUGGAGAAAGAGAGGGAGAAGGACUUUAAUAUUUCCGGUGAGGAGGCUUGGAAGAGGCGUGCUGCUAUGAGUGUUGGUGGUGGUGGUGCUGUGCCAAGGAGGUCUCCUUCACCACCUUCUGGUGGUGCUGAUGGAUUUAGUAUAGAAAAGUCUGAAACAGGUGGUUUGGGUGUUGGUGCUGGUGGACAGAUGACUGCUGCACAAAGGAUGAUGGCUAAAAUGGGAUGGAAGGCAGGGCAAGGUCUUGGAAAGCAGGAGCAGGGGAUUACAACUCCGUUAAUGGCGAAGAAGACGGACAGGCGAGCUGGGGUUAUUGUUAAUGCCAGUGAGCCUAAGCAGCAGCCAGAAAAGAAGCCAAGAGGUGUCAACAUCAAUGGUCAGCCCACCCGUGUUGUGCUCCUACGGAACAUGGUGGGUCCAGGUGAGGUCGAUGAUGAUCUAGAAACCGAGGUUGCUGAGGAGUGCGCAAAGUAUGGGACAGUGACAAGGGUGUUGAUAUUUGAGAUAACAGAGCCUAACUUUCCGGUUGAUGAAGCGGUUAGAAUUUUUGUGCAGUUUGAGAGAUCAGAGCAAGCAACGAAAGCACUAGUUGAUCUUGAAGGUCGGUUUUUUGGGGGUAGGGUUGUCCGUGCCACUUUCUACGAGGAGGAGAGGUUCAAUACCAACGAGUUGGCUCCGAUGCCUGGGGAAGUCCCGGGUUUUAUCUAGAAUACAGUUAGAUUUCUGGUGUUCUGUUUUGUUGUUAGUAUCUUAUAUGUCGACUAAUUUGAUAAUGCGUUAUGUUUUAUCAAGAUUUUUGAAAAGUUGAUGUGUCUAA